GGCUCAUAUUACUCUGAAAACUUAAAAUAGCCAAGGACUGAAGCAGGCUGGGAACUAGGCCCUGGGCCCCUGGGACUCAAGAAAGGGGUAGGGGUGAACAAAUGUCCCCAGCCCAUCCCUCCAAGCAUGCUUCUGGACACACACAUUGAACCUCUUCAAGAAAGGGAAUCUGGAAGGGUGUAUGUCACCUCUCCCUUGCCCACAGAUUCCCAGGAGAAACAAACUAGGCAAUUCUCUAAACCAUGCAGCUUUGAGCGCUGUAUUGGGGCUGGAAACUCAGGUUACCCCUCAGGGUGGGGAAGGUUUGGUAUCAGUUUGAGGAACCAGUUGGGAAGUUCUUUAGUCUGUUGCGCUUUUCUCUGGACCUCCAUGGAAUCUUUCUGUCCAUAAGCCUGUGAAAGGAUUUCUGUUUAACCAACUUUCUCCCAAAGGCCACUCAAGGACCACCCUGCAAUGAGGGACAGGAAUUAGGACAGGAAGAGUGACAGGGAUUAGAUUUAAUAGUGGGGUCCAACCUCUUGCAGGAUGACAGAAAAGGAGGUGCUGGAGUCCCCUAAUCCCUCCUUGCCAGGAGAGACUCGGCAAAGUGGGCUACAGCGGCUGAAGCAGUUAUUCAGGAAGGAGUCUCGGGGAACAAAGGAAAUGGAGCUUCCCCCAGAGCCCCAGGCCAAUGGGGAGGCAGUGGGAGCUGGUGGGGGGCCCAUCUACUACAUCUAUGAGGAAGAAGAGGAAGAAGAAGAGGAGGAGGAGGAGCCCCCCCCAGAACCUCCUAAACUUGUCAAUGACAAGCCUCACAAAUUCAAAGAUCAUUUCUUCAAGAAGCCCAAGUUCUGUGAUGUCUGUGCCCGGAUGAUUGUGCUCAACAACAAAUUUGGGCUUCGCUGUAAGAACUGCAAAACUAACAUUCACGAGCACUGUCAGUCCUACGUGGAGAUGCAGAGAUGUUUCGGCAAGAUCCCCCCUGGUUUCCAUCGGGCCUAUAGCUCCCCACUCUACAGCAACCAGCAGUACGCUUGUGUCAAAGAUCUCUCUGCUGCUAAUCACAAUGAUCCUGUGUUUGAAACCCUGCGCACUGGGGUGAUCAUGGCAAACAAGGAACGGAAGAAGGGCCAGGCAGAUAAGAAAAAUCCUCUAGCAGCCAUGAUGGAAGAAGAGCCAGAGUCUGCCAGACCAGAGGAAGGCAAAACCCAGGAUGGAAACCCUGAAGGGAAUAAGAAGGCUGAAAAGAAGACACCUGAUGACAAACACAAGCAGCCUGGCUUCCAGCAGUCUCAUUACUUUGUGGCUCUUUAUCGGUUCAAAGCCCUGGAGAAGGACGAUCUGGAUUUCCCGCCUGGAGAGAAGAUCACAGUCAUUGAUGACUCCAAUGAGGAGUGGUGGCGGGGGAAAAUAGGGGAGAAGGUUGGAUUUUUCCCUCCAAACUUCAUCAUUCGGGUCCGGUCUGGAGAGCGUGUGCACCGUGUGACCAGAUCCUUCGUGGGAAACCGUGAAAUUGGGCAGAUCACUCUCAAGAAGGACCAGAUCGUGGUCCAGAAAGGAGAUGAAGCCGGCGGCUACGUCAAGGUCUACACCGGCCGCAAGGUGGGGCUGUUUCCCACCGACUUCCUGGAGGAGAUUUAGGCGUGCCCGCGCCUGCGGACGGGAUAUACCCAGGCCCCAUUCUGGGCAGGCCCAGUGGAGGUUGGGGAGGAA